UAUAAAAACAAGCAAUAUUCUUUUUCAUUUCCCGAGACGCGCUUUAUAUUAUUUUUAUUUUUUGACUCCCCUCCUUAUUUUUUCUUUUGCACUUUAUAAAUUUUCAUUUUGUAUAGUCCUCAAAACUCACAAUAUAGCCAGAAUAUCUCUAUUAUUUAACAAGCCAACAAAUUGAUUUAUAAUGCGGCUUUCUGUUAUUGCAUAUAUGUUUGCUGCCUGUGCCUAUGCCCAAGGUCCUACAUUUGAUGUCUCGGCUCUCCAACUUGGCGCAGCUGCUGAUCCCGGGGCUUCAGCAUUAGCGGCCAUCGGUGACCCCACUCCAAACGCCGUGGUUGCUGAUUUGCCGCCCCUGGAACAACCAUCUUCACUGGACGCGGCCAGCAUUAUUGCCAAUGUUCUUGCCUCAGCAAACGCCACCGCGAUAGUUGCUUCGGUGGAUGCAGUCAACGGAGUCGGCUUGGUAAAUGAAUCUGUAGCCAAUGCCCUGAAACCUGUUUCUAGCGCGAAUGCACCAGAGUUUCCCAAUGUCGAUGAGAUUAACAGCUUUGUUCAAAGCUUACAGGACACUAUUUUUGAAAACACGCCGCUGGGAAAUCUUGAAACAGAGUUCAGCAUUGUGGAAGCCAACGAGUGGUCAACCGAACUUCACACGCAAUGGUCAACUGGGCUUCACACGCAGUGGUCAGAGAACCACAAGGAGAGCGGUGCUUCUAUUAUUAGCGAUGCCGACUAUGACGAUGAAAACUCGUGGGAGCUGGGCAUUGACUCGGAUGAUGCCGAAUUGUACAGUGGAAAAUGGUCUUCAAGCAAAAUGAAGAGCUCAAAGGAAUCAUCGUGGGACAGCGAUGAUGAAUUUAAUUCCGUUUCAGCACGUAAAUCAACUGGGUCGGCAGGAAUUCUGAACAUGAAUAUUCUCAUGCAUGUUGUUGGAGUUGUAGGAGGUGCACUUAUUAUCUUUUGAAUAAAAAAGCCACUACACUUGUGAGCUUUUAUCAUAUUAUAAUAUCUUAAUAAUACCCCUCUUUUGGAUUCAGUAAACAAAGAGUGCAUGUGCAUGAUGGGAAAUUCAAUGUUUCGGCCAAUUUGGUUUUUUCUAGUGAGCCUUUUUGUAAAUACUUGUUAACCGUGUGAGAUUUAUUAAUGCUAUGGCCAUAUUUAAUUUUAAAAUUAUU